AUGAACCGACAUCAAGUACUCACGGGUGCUUGCAAUUCUGGAGAUCAGUGUUAUUCGGUUGGAAGCGUCGAAGGAAUCCAUUUCACGGCAUAUGCUGCAGGAUGUGACAUUGUGAUUUUAGCCAGUGAUUUCCAAAGAGUUCAGAUCAUCCCAGGUGUCACUCAUGGAAAUGUUAAGGUCAACUGUAUCGAUUGUUCUACAGACACAGGCAAGAUUGCAGCCUCCUACCAAAACAAAGUGUAUGUGUUUGAGCCAACGCCUCUCCUCCACCAUGAGAGCACCCAUAAGCUGGACUAUCAAUGGUACCAGACAUCCAUGUUUGAGACAAACUGCUUUAUCAAUUGUAUCACAUGGAACAUGGAAGGCUCAAAGCUGCUGACAGCAGGGGACACCAUGCAGAUCUGGGUCCAUAACCAGGACAGCGGAAAUAGUCCUGGGGGACACCAUGUCCAGUUUUCCAUGGGGGAGGAAGAUACCCACACUUCCACUGGCCAGACAAAUCCAUUAGACAGUGACCACUUAGCACCGGAGGUCCAUGAAGAAAGCAGUUGGGAUUGUAUCUGGAGUCAGAAACCAGCCACACCAAUCUAUCACAUCAAGUUUUCUCCAGAUGGAUUGCUGUUUGCUUCUGCAGGAAAGGCGGAUCGACUUGUAAAGAUUUGGCAUGAAGAUAGAAAAUUACAAUUGCCUCUGAUGCGAGCCGAUAGUACAGUUAGUCCAAAGAAGGAAGUGCACCACUAUUCCUUUGUGUACAUUGCCCAUCCCCGUGCUGUCACUGGCUUCUCCUGGAGGAAAACAAGCAAGUACAUGCCAAGGGGCUCAGUAGCCAACAUGCUUGUGACCUCCUGUGCCGAUAAUGUGUGUCGACUGUGGUGUGAAACCAUCCUACCUGAUGAUGGGCUUGUUGACUUGGAACAGUUUGAUCCUGCCACGACUUCUGAAAGAAAAUUUCACACUCACCGACAUAAAAAACGUUUUAUGCAACGUUUGAAAACCAUCAGACAUGCCAUUCACAAGCGAAGAAAGCAUCACAAAUUUGGACCUGAUACACUGAUGAGUAUGGCCAACCUUUCCAGCAUUAACAGUGCAGGCAGUAUACAUGAUUUUCACAAAUUUGCUCUCCACAACAAUGGUGUAGCACCACCUCUACACUUCCAUUUAGCUGCCAGUAUCAACCCAGAAACAGAUAUCCCUCUCUUACCAGUUGUUGGUACAAAGGGUGAAGCCCAGCAUAACUUCCAGCUUCACUGGCUUAAUAAUAAGGAGCUACAGUUUACAAUGGAGGCUGAGGUGAUCCUACAAGACCUGCACAAGUCCAGCAUGAGCCAUCAACACAAUGAACAAGACAUUGGGUCAGACAGCGAUGGCUUCCCUGAACACACAUCACACGCCACACACAAUGGAGAGGAGCACGAUUUAGAAGGUCAUCCUAAAAAGAAGAAGUCUGGUCUCUUCAAGAAGAAGCACAAGAGUCAUCGGAGUCCAAAAGAAACCAAAGAACUCGGGAAUUUUGCUGAGAGUCAGUCCAGCAUCACAUCUGAACAGGGAGACCACAUGUCGGAGGGCACUUCCAGUGGGGGAAUGUCCCCGGAUGGUUCAGUGAUUGAUUCCUUAGACAGAAAGAUUGAAGGUCUUCUGAAGGACUGGCAUCAGAGUGCAGACAUGUUGUUUAGUAUACACCCUGUGGAUGGUAGCUUCCUUGUAUGGCUUGUUGAUUGGAUGGACGAGUACAACCCAUACUGUUUCCGUCAGGCCCAAGUCAGCUUUUCAUCGUGCCUUCCACGUGCAUUUCCAGUGCCAGAUGCCCGGACGAUGGCAAGCAAUCUCCUUAUGUACUGUAACUACAGUAAAAUGGACAUAAAAUCAGCCAUGCGUAUCAGUGAAAACCGGUUUUCCCCCUGUAACCCUACAGCCCCUACAAAAAUACAGCCCCAACCUGCUCCGGCCACUGGGAAAUGUUUCCCUGGACAGAAUGAUAACAUGCUUAUACCUAAUGUUUUACUUAUCACUAAACACUUCAAUGGUUCCUUAAACCAAUGGCAGAUCAGUUUUGCAGAUAGUUCGAAAUUCUCAACAGUAGUCAGUGUUGCCCAUGCAUCAAGGGCAUGUGGACAUAGAUUCCGGACAAAUUCUGCAGCAUGUCACCCAGUAUUACCCUUGUUAUUGACAACAUCACACCACAAUGUCCCCAAACCUCUGACACCAUGUAACGGGGAUCACCAUAGCAAUGGUAUCGGUGAUGACAACAAUGAGGAAGGUUGUGGAGGAUUACCUGGUCAGGAAAGCCUUGUAGGGGGUGUGGAGUUCUGCAGUGAGCUGAUUCUCUGGCGAGUAGAUCCAGUUGGACCUCUUUCUAAGUCAGGUGGAAUCAUAGAGUUGGCUCGUAUCAACUCCCCGCAGCUGUCUGCCUUCGACAAUGUUGCAUGGGUGCCUACACUCCUACCCAGUUCUACACUAGGAUCCUACAGUAACUCACCCAGUGCCCUGUUUGUGGCCUCUAAUGGGAACAGUUUGAUGAUGUAUCAGGCAGUUAUUGAUGCUCGUACUCUACUCCUUGAGAUGGGAAGUCAGAAAAAAGAUAAGGGGAUGAGUUUUUCCAGUAAUACUAGCUCUGGGUAUAGUGUAGAGACCCCGCGAGCUGCUGGUGAACUGUUUAACAUUGUCAGUCUACAGUCUUCUGCCCGACCGGGCUGUAUCAUUGAAAUGGAAGCCAUUGCUGAUGCCAAGCAGGACUGGCAGCAGACACAGCUGCUUCACGUCUUCCAAGAACAGUUGGUAACAGGACGUCCAAGUAACAAUCCUAAUGGAAUGGAAGCCAUUGUUGACCUGAGAGAAUCGGGAUCCUUCUCAGAAAACUUUUACCUGGUAGUAUUGGAAAGAAAUAAGGAUAAAGGUUCUACCAUCCAUAUGUGGAAGAUCAAUAUUGCAUCACAGACUGGUCUCCAGGAUGGUAACCAAAGCCGACACUAUGUCCCAGAUAACAACUUUGUACAGGAGGAUGAGUCAGACACUGACUCCUACAUAGGGUCACCGGUUGGUGGACUGCCCAAAUCAACUGCCGUGGUUCGACUCACCUUCUCCACAACAAAGGUGUGUUCACAGCCUCUCUCUCUACCUGAUGGUGUGAGUGUUGUUAGCGCCUCAGUCUCAGCUGGCCAUCUUAGCUCUGCCUCCAUCUACCCAGCAUGCCUUGCUCCUUACCUGCUGGCAACAGCAUGUUCUGAUGGUAAGACACGCUUCUGGCGAUGCAACUUGAAAGCUGCGCAUGCAUUAAACCAUUAUGAGAUGACAUGUAGCACAACAAGUUAUGAACUAGCUGUAGAGGAAGAAGACGGAAUACGGCGACCCACUGUCUCCACAGUAACACGUAGUGAUGUUAUGGAUACAACUUUCUCCUGGGCAGAAUGGCACAUGAUGGGGCAGUCUGAAGCAAGCUUGUUACAUGUCCGAGGUCACCCCAUUUCUGUGAGCUGUGCGUACAGUGGCCGGGUGGCUGUUGCUUAUCGUCUGGGUGGUGUGCGGUCAGCCCCAGACAAUGACAACAAAUAUGUCAACCUCUAUGUUGCUGUGUAUGAGUGUGAAUCAACAGGAGGUUCUGAGUGGACACUGGAGGAUACCAUAGAAUUAAAAAACAUAAGUAUUCCUGACCCUAAAGCAGAAAUAGAUCUCAAUUUUAUAUUUACAUCAGAAAAUCAUUCUUCACGAUCAUCACACUACGAGGAUGAUAGUCCUGGGACGCUGUCUCCGUCAUCCUCGCUUGUUAAUAUGACUCGAACAAAGUCGGUACCCAGCCUCAGUACCAUCUUCACAGUGAGGAAGUGUAUAGCGGAACAUGGCAACAAAACUGGUAUGUUACAACAGAAACAUUUAGUUCAGCUUGACUGGGUAUCCACAGAGGAUGGAAAUCAUAUCUUAACAGUAGGUGUCGGGUCACGUAUACUCAUGUACUCCCAGGUAUCCAAUGACAUUGUACAGUCUUCCAAACGUGGUAUCUCAGGUCAGACUACUGACAAAAAGAACACUCAGUCUUUCAGUCAGUCCAUGAAGGAUGUCGGCCACAGACGUAGUGUGUUCCAGAAAUCCAAGUCUAUGGUGGUAGAUGAUCGCCAGGAGGAGAUUAAGUGGAUGAAACUGCGCUCAAUAGAUCUAUCAACAGCUGAUGGAUUACCUCCCUUACCAAUGCAUUUGUCAUGGGUUCGGGGUGGGAUCUUGGUUGUUGGUAUGGACAAUGAAAUGCAUGUGUACAGUCAGUGGAGAGGAGCAGGUACUAAUGAUGUUCUACCUGUGGAGGAAAAUGAUCAAAGGAGUUUUGAGGAUGCUGGUCUCUCCAUGAACAUAUCUAGUCUAAAACCUCAGCAACAUUUUAAACCUUCAUAUUCCAUGCCAAGUUUCAAGCAUUUGAACACACUGAGUUUAAAAAAAGAGAAGUUACAAGGCUCUGAAUCUAAUCUCUUAAGGUUUAGUUUGUCAAAGGACAAAAGUGAAAGUUUGACUAGCUUGUCAGCCAUUCAUGAGUUUGGACUAUUUGAGGCGGCUCGACAAGCAAAUCCAGUCCUACCACAGUACCAUCCUAAAAAGCUGAUGGAGCUUCUAAAUUUUGGUAAAAUACGGAGAGUGAAAGCCAUACUUGCCCAUUUAGUUCGAUAUGUCGCUGGUGGGGAUAUACACCAGAUGGAGGAUACUGAGGACUAUGAUAAGGAAGACGCAAAAUGGAAUCAGAAUCGUCCUCGAGGGAUUUCAGUCAGUGGUGCUAGUCCUUGUGACAUGCCACGUCUUCAGGAGGAACUCAAACUGGAUUACAAGGAGAUCAGCUCCAUUCCACCUCUCCCUAUGUAUGCUCUUCUAGCUGCAGAUGAGGAUAACACAGUCGCUAAAGCUGAUACCAUCACUUCUGGGGGUCAAGUCAGCACGGCCAUGGAGCAAGACUAUGGUGAUCUAUUUGAUAGUGGCCCUAAUCUGGAUGAUGACCUGGACACAACAAUUGGAGCAUCAUCUGCGGAUAGUCGUACAUCACGGACGAGACUACAGUCCACUGUUACAGCUUCUCGUCAAAACCCAUACUACUUUGGUCCGGAGUACUCACUGGCACUGACUAGUCACCUAACCCAUACACAGCUUCCUGGAUUGUCCAGUCUUGACCAGAUGUAUUUGCUAGCGCUUGCUGACACUGUAGCCAACACCAAAAUGGACUUUGCUGAUCGCAUGGAAACAGAUAAACCAGAUUCCAGUAUGCAGGAGAAUUUAAAGGCAGGAAAUGCUGCUGAGUCUAUGGAUGACUGUGGUUUAAGAUUUAUUCUAGCGAUGCGACAUCACACCUACCUGCUGCGUACGCUACAGCCCAGACAGAGGAUAGCUCUACAGCAACAAGGGCUAAAGUCUUUUAAUUUGGUGUGGGGCUUCCACUCUGAAGCUACAGAGGAACUGCUCUCCUACAUUCCUGGUGUACAGCGGGAUGAUCCAACAUGGGAGGAGCUGAAACAGUUUGGUGCUGGCUGGUGGAUCAACAACAUCAAUAUACUCAGACGUUGUAUUGAAAAGAUUGCAAAAGCUGCAUUCCAGAGAAGGAAGGACCCAAUGGAUUCUGCAAUAUUUUACCUUGCCAUGAAAAAGAAAAAUGUGCUAUGGGGAUUAUACAGGUCUAUCGAUGAUAAGAAAAUGAUGCAGUUUUUCCGAAAUGACUUCAGCCAAGACAGGUGGAGGAAAGCAGCAUUGAAGAAUGCAUUUGCUCUUCUAGGGCGCCAGAGGUUCACACAUGCUGCUGCUUUUUUCCUGUUAGCUGGGGCAUUGAAUGAUGCUGUUGAGGUGUGCCUGGAUAAGCUCAAUGACAUCCAGUUAGCACUUGUCGUCUGUCGGUUAUAUGAUGGUGAAGACAUGAUGCCUGACAGUGUCAAAAAGAUUCUCUAUAUGAGCAUUCUUGGUUGUGAUGAAAAGGGAGAUAACUAUGACAGCUCUAAAGCUCAUCCUGACCCUUUUCUGCGGAGUAUGGCAAUGUGGUCCCUCAAGGAUUACCGUGGUUCACUGAACACAUUGUUACACUCCAGUGACAGUCAUCACCACAAAGUGGUGGAUAGUGUUGAGCUUGAGGGUCACAAUGCUAUGCCUAGUGUGUUCAACUUCUACAAUUUCUUACGCACACAUCCGCUACUGGUGAGGCAGCGGAUAGCUGCCACAGGUCAAACCAAGAGGAAUAAAAACAUCAUUCCUGGGUUUACACGACAACAGACCGUUGUGUUAGAUGAUAGUUCUGUGUUUGUAGAUAAAGUGACACCCAUGGAAAGAAAACUAUUCUUCACAACAGCUCACUCUCAUUAUAUGAAUGGAUGUCCAUUACUUGCCCUGGAAGUUCUGUCUAAACUACCUCCUGUUAUAGAAGAUAAGAAAGCUCCAGACAUAGACUUUGAAAGUGAGUCAUCGUCCAAGGAUGACUGUAUAAAUACAGGCACACUGGAGGAUGAUUCCACAGAUUGGAGUAAACCUGUUGCUAAUGGGUUUCAGGACACAUCCAGUGGCUUUGACUGGAGCACUCCAGUGUCAUCUGCUAAGGAAACGAUGGACAGUAUGGAUUGGGGGGCACCAGUCAGUAAGUUUGGUACGGAGGAUGAUGUACCAAAUUUCAACAUUUCCUCAGGAGAAGAUGAGGAUGAAGAUGAGGAUGUGAUAUCUACAAGUCAUUCUAAAAAUAAGUUGGAAAAGUUACCUACAAUUGUUGUGGAGGAACCAAGUCCUAUUCUCCAGAGUAGUGAGGAUACAUCCCCAGAAAAACUCCCAGAAAAGGUCAAGGACAAAGGUCAUCAGGUGGACAUCUUUGCCCAGCAGUACAAGUUCAUUGCUUGUCUCAAGGUGCUGAUGGAGGAGAUGCAGACUCUGGCCACAGGGUUUGAAGUAGAUGGUGGACAGUUACGUUUCCAGUUGUACAUUUGGCUGGAGCGGGAAGUAGAGGUCCUGCAAUACCUUUGUAACUAUGGUGAUACAGAUCCUGAAGGUCAGGAAGACGUACAUGCAAACACAGAUGCACUGAAUGGCUACGAUGAUGAGACGUUAAUGGAAGUGCAAACCAGCUUUACACGAUCCAUGUCCCAGCGGUCCGAUUCCUCUUACAAGCCCACACUACACGAAGUCAUUCUGGCUGAAAAGAUGGACUUUGAGGCAAAGCUUGAGAGGAUGGCUCGUCGUAAACAGUGGCUGAGGGCCAACCAACAGUUGCUGCGUACUCUGGCUAGUUACUGUGUACUUCAAGGAGCUGGGGGAGGAGGGCUGGCCUCUGAGUUACAACAAGACAAGCCCCAGCAGCAGUUACUGUCUCCUCUUCCAUUCCCCACCACACUGCCACUGCUGUCAGCCAGUAUUGCAAGUUCUAAGACAGUCAUUGCAGACCCUAUUCAGCACAUCCAGUGUAUGACUCAGGACCUUCUACAUUCCAUUGUUGAGUUGACGGUUCCUCCUGGGCUCGGCAUCAACAUGAACACUGUGCUUGUCAUGCAGAAUCUCAGUGUGGCAUUGUCAUCUUGUAUCUAUCAGUGUCUUUGUGAUUGUGACAGCUUUGUUGUGUCACUGAAUGAAACCCAAGGAACUUCCAUGGAUGGCUUUAUGGCGCACAACUUUAAUAGCAGUCAGGCAGGCCACCUGAUGGCAGGUGUACAGCGAUAUCGCCGCAAGUCAAGCACAGGAGACAAUCUAAUCAACACACCACCUUCAAAGUGGCCAGGAGUUACCUCCCUUAGGGUCUUGCUGGCUCGCGAGAAAGAUGAUGCUGCACCAAAGCUGAACAUUUUAUGCUGUGAGAGUCUGAUCGCAGUGUAUGUGAGUCUGCUAGUGAACGCCAUGGCAAUGUAUGACUGUAACAUGCUGUACCGACUUGUGUCACAUCGGUUUGAACAUCAGAUGUGGGGAGCACUGUUUGGUGGUGGAGUGAAGACUGCUCUGAAGGUGGCUAACAAUCCACAUCCUGUGUCUAUGCGGUCCGGUGAUGACUUGUCCAAAACUAGGAUGAAGCUCAACAUGAAGGUGAUCGGGGCAGGGCCAGGGACGAAGGAAAAGACGACCUUCAGAGAAACAUUUGUGCCCCCAGAACUUAGCAUGAUCUCUUUCUUUAUGACAAAGCCAUUCAAUACCUCAUCAGAUAAGGAAUUCCAGUACGAUUCAGAAGAGUCUUUAUCAGAUGAGGAUGAGCCAUUUGAUGAUGAAGAAGAUGACUAUCUUAGACCUAAAACCUUGCCACUUGCUUCAACCCAUCAGUCCACAGACCCAACGUCCUACUCCUGGGCUCUAAUUCGCUUCUGUGUGGUCAAAGUUAUCUUGCACAAUCUUCAAGUCUUCCUACCACAGAUCGGCAUAGAGCUCCAAGAACUACCUAUCUGCUCCACACUAAUGCAUACAGUGUUAAAAACUCUGGAACAAUGGAUGGAGGUGCUACAGGGAAAACUAGAACUGUUUGCUGGACCACCUGAGGAUUUUAUCGCUGGUCUUCAGUUGGAUGUCGUUACGGGUGUCCCACAGUCAAAGUACCAAGUGUUGCUUCAACCCCAGAAUUCACCCUUCACGGACAGCCAUGUCUGUCUGCCAAUCAAGAGACUUUGGUUCCAUCUGCUUAAACAAGCUGCCCUGAAGGAUGUCUUCCUGCGAUACAUCUACAGGAAGAAAAAGAUUCCGCAGAUGGAGGAAUCUGUGAGUCAAUCUGAUAUUCCUGAUGGAAGCGUGAAGAUACGUGACCCUAUGAAGAUUAUUCACAAGGAACAAGAUAUCAUCACUGCUUUUGCCCUCAAUCAGGCCAAUUCCAGCUUCUUGGUGCUUUCUACACAAAAGGAUGUUGUAGAGCUGGACAUUGGUCAUCUAUUGAACCCACCGUCCUGGAUGGAGGAUGAAAAUGAGAUGGACAUAGAGUUUAUCAGAAAUCCCAACCCUUCAGAGGGAAGUAGCACUGACUUUUUUGUGGUGCAAGCUCCAUCUGACAAUCAGCAAAGUGGAAUGACUUCUGGAAUAUCAAGUCCUCAGACUGGUGCCUCUACCCCUACACACCCUGGAUCUGGGGUCUACUCACAGACAGGAAGGGGCACUAAUGUGGGUAAAGGUAUUCACAUCCCUGGCAUCACAAACCCACAGUUUUCUCAGCACGUUCUGGACCGGAGUCGCCGUCUUCUUACAUUGUUACUACGCCGUCCUGUGUCUGGUGUUAGACGGAUAGGCUCCCAUCCUAACCUUCCACAUUACCUGACUGGCGGAUCAGAUGGAAGCGUCAGACUGUAUGAAUGGGGCCAUGUUCAGCCUCUGGCCAUGCUUAGACAACCAGGCGUGUUUCCAAAAGUAACGAAAGUUCUGUUUAGUUCCCAAGGAAACAAGUGCUGUGUCAGUGAUACAGAGGGAGACAUCUGUUUGUGGCAGGUUGGACUCGGCAGCAACUUCAAUAAACCCAUCAUGAAACUCAAAUGCCAUAACAAGACAACCAGUGACUUUGCAUUUGUGGGGUCAUCAAGUCUGAUAGCUACUGCUGGUCACUCCUCCGAAAGCCGCAAUGUAUGUCUUUGGGACACUCUACUUCCCCAGAGGAGUGCCUGUGUACAUGCGUUUAUCUGCCAUGAACAUGGCUGCCCUGCUGUAGUGUAUGCACCACACCAUCAGCUCCUGAUCAGUGGGGGACGCAAGGGAGAAAUAUGUAUAUUUGACAUCAGACAGAGACAGAUACGCCACACAUUCCAGGCCCAUGACUCUGCUAUCCGGUGCUUGUCUAUGGACCCAGAAGAGGAGUACUUUGUAACAGGAUCGUCUGAAGGAGAUAUCAAGGUAUGGGGCUUGGACGUUCACCAGCUGGUUGUAGGCUUUCCAGGAGAACAUAGCAAAAACACAUUCUUCCGAAAUAUGGGUGCUGCAUCUGGUGUGACUCAAGUUUCUAUUGGCUCAACACAUCACAUGUUCUCCUGUGGAGUUGAUGGGUCAAUGAAGUUCAGGGCCUUACCAGAACGUGAGACAAUUGUAAGGUACUGGUCUGCCACCUAGAGCUGUACAAGGUGACAUUUAGGAUACAGCUUUGUCCAUCUCCAUGGAGAUCGCCAUGGAGACGGUGGAAUUUUCCACCACACUUUGUUGUGAUUAGAAACGGAUUUGAAAUGAGACUGUUGAUUUUUUGCCAAGAAUAAAAAUUGUUAUGCUUUCCUGUUACAAUGUAGGUUACAUAUGCUUGAAAAAGUUUAGAACUUUGACUUGUUAUAUUAUGUUGGUGUUUUCCCUCAAAGAAGAAUUAUUUUGUUUUGUUUCUGUUUUUUCUGAAUAUGUGUAUUGAAUUGUUUUGAAUCAGAUUAUUCAGAAGCCAUAUCUUGUAGUCAAAUUGAUUUCUAUUGUAAAAGAACUCUUUUAAGAUGUCUAUUACCAUCAAAGAUUCAAUACCAAUUAAUAUGAAGAGACUGGUAAAAAGUAUGUUUUUGUUGUUUUGCUUGUUAACUAAAUAGAGAUUAAUUGUGAAAUUUGUCAAAAUUUUUAUGUGUAAGAUAUAAAUUGCAUGAGACUAGAUCAACUGCAACAGGACUGGAGAAAAACAGCAAAAUAUUAAAGGGAUGCCAUUUAGAACUGGGGGGAAACCACAUACGACAGAGGCAACCUACCUAGAAUUGAUGGAAACCACAUUGAACUAGAGGGAAACUACAUGGGACAGAGAACAACUACUUAGAACUGAGGUGGUUUUAAAGAGGGAAACUACCUAGAACUGAAGGGUAACCACAUUGAACUAGAGGGAAACUUUAAGGGACAGUGGGAAACUAACUAGAACUGAGGGAAACCACAUUGCAAUGGAGGAAAAUUCCCUAGAAUUGGAGGGAAACCACAUUAAACUGAGGGUAACUACAUUUAUCAGUGAAACUGAGAGAAUGUUCAUAGAACUUGUUUUAAGAGAAAGCACAGACACCAACUACAAACAUGCUACUUGCCCCUUUGAGAGCCGAACAAGAUAUGAUUCAAAAGCAAUAGUAGAUUAUUCCAGUUAAAGAAAAAUUUCAAUGAUAUGAAGAUUUAAAAUUAAGAUUAACAAGUAUGCUGCAUAAAACAUGUUAAUCAAAUUAUUUGCCAGUGAAAUUUGAACUGUGAUAAACAGAUUCUGUGAUAAAAAGAAUUCCUUUGAGAGGAUUAACCUGUUGAUAUGUUACUAAACUUUCACAUCAAUGAAGUUAAGGUUUAAAAUGGUUUGAGGUCAGGUUUUGGAAAGAUUUAGUAAAAUUAGGAGUAAAUACAAGCUUUGAAGAAGUUAUUUGUUUUUUUCAUCUGUUUAAUUAAAAAUAAGUUGAUAACAUAAUUUUUACUUCAGCUGUAACAGAAUGUAACUCUUAAAUGAUCAAAGUUACACACACUUCACAUCUUAAUAGAAACAUCAUUAAUGUCAAAAUGUUCAGAUUAAAUGAGCCUGAGAAAGUCUGUCACAAGAAUUUCUUCCUGAAUAUGCUCAACUGUAGGAUUGUUAUAAAAUGAUCUAUAGAAUUCCUUGUAUAUAAGUUUGAUUUGGAGAUGGUAGUCGAAAUUAUUAUCAUUUCAGAAAAGUUUCAUGCUGGCAUUCAUAUCAUCCCUCCGCUUUCUGUUUUGAUAUCCGCCAUAACAAAUGUAGAGCCACAUUACAGCAAUACUAUAACUGCACAUUAACAAUUCAUAACAUUGAGACAAGGGAAGCAUUUCUUACAGGGUUAGUUCAGCAUACAUGAUAAGGGAAAAGUAUUGGGUGUAUUAUGGCUGAGAUGGUGGAACGUCAAGUCUGGGGGAAAAUUCAUUAAGAACACUUAGCAUUUGAAAGAUUUAAUUAAUAUCACAUUGGUUCCACAUACAUGUAUUAAGAUCUUAACAAUAUCACAUAAGAGUUGUCAAGGUAUUGUCAUGACUACUUGUGACCUUGUCCUGUCUGUCGCUACUUCAGCUUCUCUGUCAUGUUUCAAAAUUUAUUUACAUAAGUACUUAAUGAUUAAUGAUCAUUGUAAAGAGUGAUAUAGAAUAUUUGUAAAUACAUACUAAAGGAGGUUUGAAUAGAGGUUGAUAAUGGAUAUAACUAGAUUUUAGAUAUAUUUGAAUUGUUAAUAAAUAUAAAUAAAUCCAAUAUUGAAUGUGCAUAGUGACAUUGUGUGUGUUAGAGUGAUAGAUCAAAUGCUUGUCUUUAGUCAGUGAUUUCAUUGAUUUAGCCAUUAAAUAUUUAUAUGGUUGCAUCAAUUCAUUAAAAUUGAAUGUGAAAUAAUUGUUUAUUGUCAACAUUAAAGAAAAGGAAUGGCCAUUUUGCUUUUAAAUAUCAAUAAGGAUCCGUGAUUAAGAUCUAUAAUGAAUUUUAUUUAUAUCCGACAUUAAAUAUGCACAAUAUAUCACUUCAUAGUGUGUUAUCAUCUCACCAUGUAGUUAUUUAUUGAUAUUACGUGAGUUUUUACUAUAGAAUUAGAAUAUUCCUAUGUGUAAGGGUCAUAACCUUGUAUAGAGUGUAUUAGUGUUAAUCUUAUUGUAGUCCUAUCUUAUGUUAGGUGAUUUUAGUCGUGACCAGUAAAUAUAAACCAUUUGCGUGAAGGGGUAUAAAAGAAUCCCAGUAGUUCUAUUGGCAGAUAUUUAGAUUCUUUCCCCUAAUGUGAUACUUCUUAAUUGUGUAUCUGAUAUGGUAUAUGAGGCUCAAUGAAUGAAAUAUUUGUUUGAAAAGUCACUUGUUUAAACGCAGUGGUGUUACCAUAGCAAUGGUGUAUUGUGGUAAGAUUACCUGGUUGUCAUGGCAAUGAUGUAAUGAGGUUAGAUUACUUGGUUAUGAAGGCAAUGGUAAGCGGUUGCCAUGGAAAUGAUACAGUGAUGUUUGCUUACGCAGUUACCAAUGACAUGGUGUAGUGAGGUACUCGAAUGAAAACAUUCCAUUUGAUCUUCUUGUCAAAGUCAACAUUAUUUCCUGUCGUUAUUUGUUUGGUAAAAUAUUUGGAGGAUAUUGAUAUAACCACAGUGACAUUCCUUCAUUCCAUACAACUUUCCAUUUUUAGAAUAGCUUUUUCUUUACCAUAGGAAUAACUUCUACCGUUUCAACAUUUAAUUAUAUCUUGUUUUCUCGGUGAAAUGGAAAAAAAAUGUACUUUUUGUCACCUUUGAAAUACAAUUGAUGUUAACUUUUUUCUCAGAGCAAACAAUUUCUCCAUAAUCACAGCUUAUGUAGGGUUUAAGUCAGAAUAUGAUGGCAUUAUUCUGUCACCAUGGAAAUCAUGACAUCAUUCUGUUACCAUGGAAAUCAUACUGUCAUCUAGUCAUCAUGAAAAUUAUGACAGAUCUGUCACCUGCAUGAGAAUCAUGGUGUCAUUUUGUCACCAUAGAAACCCUGCUAUCCCCACCCAUUCUAUUGCCAUGGAAAUCACGAUGUCAUUUUGUCACCAUAGAAACCCUGCUAUCCCCACCCAUUCUAUUGCCAUGGAAAUCAUGAUGUCAUUUUGUCACCAUAGAAACCCUGCUAUCCCCACCCAUUCUAUUGCCAUGGAAAUCAUGAUGUCAUUUUGUCACCAUAGAAACCCUGCUAUCCCCACCCAUUCUAUUGCCAUGGAAAUCAUGAUGUCAUUUUGUCACCAUAGAAACCCUGCUAUCCCCACCCAUUCUAUUGCCAUGGAAAUCAUGAUGUCACUCUGAAAUCAUUAUUUUGUUCUGGUUGAUUCCACCGACUUUCAUCUAGUUAUGUUUAGAGGAAAUGUAGAGAAUGUGUGAUGAAUCAUUUGUUUCCAUGGUUACUACUAAACUGUGAUACUUUUUCUCAUAUGUAAAUUAGAUAUAUUGAAUGUGAAAGUGGAAUGUUCUUUGACUUGUGGAAUAUCUAGAAGCAUGCAACUUUCAAGAUGUACAUUGUGUUAUUCUAUGUGUAUGUAUCAUAGAAAUUGUAUCAUUGUAGGAUGUACAUGUUGUAAGUAAUAUUGAUUACAGCACUUGAUAAUGUCAAAUGAAAGUUUAGUCGGGGCUGAGCAAUAUCUGGUGUAUUAAUUAGUCUGUGACGACAUUACAAAUUUCCAUUAUGUUGCAGUAUUAGAUAAUAGAUUUGUUUUAUUUGCAUUGUGCAUACUAGAUUUUUUAAAAAUUCAUACACUAUAUACAGUAUAAUAUGUAUUAAGAUACCUAUGUCAAGACAAUUGAGUGCAAUGUUUGUAGGUUGCCUGCAUUCUGAUAUUCACUGUGUGUGACUUAGCCCUGGAUCUAUGUGUCUGCUUUCUCUGCAUGGGUAUCAUAUUCUGAAGAAUUGAGCCAAGGAAACAUGUCUAUUAAGAGAAAUUUCUUACAAUAUUUGUUUUUAAACUGGAAAAUUGAUAAUAAGUCUAAGAGAAGUAUUUGUCUUUGCCUGUAUGUAGCCUACCUUGUACCACUGCUGGCCAAUGUGAUCUGUAAAACAAACUGGUAUUCCUAGUUUGUGCAUGUCAUUCUGUUUGUACACACCUUAUUUACUCUAGGUGUGUUGGCAUUUGUUUACAUAAAUAGUUUGUGUAUGAUGUGAUCAUACUUUGAAUGAAUUGUAAGCAUACACUCAAAAUGUAAGUAUACAUUGUGUUUUUACCAUACACACAUAUACAUUAUGUACAAUGUAUACUUACAAACCUAUGUAAAAAAGUGAACUUCAUCUAUAAUGUAGCUAACUCUGAGUAAACUACAACAGUACAUUCUUUAUAAUGUAACUGGUUACAGAACUCUUUUGUUAUAACAUAACUUGUGUCGUUCCUGUGUAUACCACAUGACAACAGUCCACCUGUGCUAUACAUAGCCUAGUUUGUCGUUUCUCUAAAAGAUGAAGGUGGUGUUUUAAUCAUUGAAAUAAUCUGAUCUGAUGAAAUUGUGUAAAUUAAAGUUAGCUAGACUCAUUCCCGAGUAAAUUUUCUACCACAAUAAGCACUGAUAAGUCAUUACAAUUGUUGUAUAUAUAAGUAUUUAUACUACAUGUGAAUGAAUUGUAUGUCUGUGUGUCUAGAUACAGUGGUAUUUACUGUGUAUCUAGAUAUA